AUGAGUGGCUGUCUAGAUGAUAUUAGAUGUAUUGAAUGUGAUAUUGGCGAAUAUAGGAAUCCCAUCGCUGCUUCGAUUGCAGGAGUUUUGGGAGCCGCCGGAUGGUGGGUUUUUAUUGACGCUGCCACCACAGACCAAUUCAAUCCAGCAUUUUGUGUUUGUGGGAUAGUUUCUAUGGUCGGAUUGCUUAUGAUCAAUGCUAUUUCGACUGGACAGUUGCACGGAGAUGCUUAUUCUGGUGGAUGUUUAGGACAGACGGGUUCACGUAUAUGGUUCAUCUUUGGAUUUGGAUGCCUUUUUGGAGGUUUAAUAUCAUCUGGAUGGAUUUUAUUUGCCUCUUAUGUUGUCCCCCAUGCAAAAGAUGUAUGGCCCGGUGUUGCUGUCUUCCUCCAAAAUGUUCUGCUGUUUUUCAGCGCUUUAACGUUUAAAUUCGGCCGAACGGAAGAUCCAUAUAGAUUUUAG